CGCCUCCCGCCGGCCGAGCCCAUCUGUCCCGAGCCAUGCGACUGCCAGCAGCACCAGCACCUCCUCUGCACCAACCGGGGCCUGCGCUCGGUGCCCAAGGCUGCCGAGCCCCAGGAUAUCCUCACCUACAGCCUCGGGGGCAACUUCAUUGCCAACAUCUCCGCCUUCGAUUUCCACCGCCUGGCAGGGCUCCAGCGCCUGGACCUGCAGUACAACCGGAUCCGCUCGCUGCAUCCCAAGGCCUUUGAGCGCCUGGGUCGGCUGGAGGAGCUCUACCUGGGCAACAACCUGCUGCCGGCGCUGGCCCCCGGAACCCUCAGCGCCCUGGCCAAGCUGCGCAUCCUCUAUGUGAACGCCAACGAGAUCGGCCGCCUCAGCGCAGCCUCCUUCUCUGGCCUCGGCAGCCUUGUCAAGCUGCGCCUAGAUGGCAACGAGCUGGGCUCGCUGGGCGACUCCACUUUCUCAGGGCUGCCGAACUUACUCUACCUACACCUGGAGUCCAACCGCAUCCGCUGGUUGAGCCGCGGUGCCUUCACUGGCCUGGCUAAGCUGCGCUUCCUCGACCUCUCGGGGAACCAGCAGAGCUCCCUUCGCCACCCAGACAUCUUUGGGCCGCUGCGCUCCCUCCACACCCUGCUGCUGGCUAGCAACAGCCUGCAACAGCUGGCAGGGGGGCUCUUCCAGCACCUGCCCGGCUUGGCAAAGCUCUCGCUCAGUGGAAACCGCCUGGCUCACCUGGCCCCAGAUGCCUUCACAGGGCUGGGUUCACUGAAGGAGCUGCGCCUGGAGGGAAACCUGCUGAGCCAUCUGCCCACUGCCCUGCUGGAGCCGCUGAGCAGCCUGGAGGCACUGGAUCUGAGCCGCAACGUGCUGACCGCCCUGCACCCUGCCACCUUUGGCCACCUCGGCCGCUUGCGGGAACUCAGCCUGCGAGACAACGCGCUGGCCACCCUCCCCGGUGAGCUCUUUGCCUCCAGCCCGGCUCUCUACCGCCUGGAGCUGGAG